CCGUCCUAAAACACGUCACCAGAGAUCGGAGUUCCGUCAUGAAAGCAGAAUGUUGUGGUUCAGACCAGAUAACUCUGAUAAGCUUGUUGGGGAGUUCCUUGGUACUGGACCAGUAGUCAGAAACAAGAUGAUAAAAAACUGGGGUGUCAUCGGUGGGAUAGCUGCUGCAAUUGCAGCUGGAGUCUAUGUUUUGUGGGGCCCAAUUACAGAAAGAAAGAGGAGAAAGAGAGGCAUGGUUCCAGGUCUGGUGAACUUAGGCAACACAUGCUUCCUGAACUCUCUGCUUCAGGGUCUAGCAGCAUGUCCAUCCUUUAUAAGGUGGUUAGAGAAAUUUUCAGGUUUGCCUGUGAUCCAGUCAUGCAAAGACAACCAGCUGUCGACAAUGCUGCUGCAAUUUCUCAAAGCUCUGUCCAGUGAUGAGCUUGGGGAGGAAGAUGUCCUUGAUGCCAGCUGCCUCCUGGAUGUUCUCAGACUGUACCGGUGGCACAUCAGUUCAUUUGAAGAGCAGGAUGCACAUGAACUUUUUCAUGUCCUCACUUCUUCUCUGGAGGAGGAACGGGAUCGUCAACCCAACGUCACUCAUUUGUUUGACAUCCAGUCACUCGAGAGGCUCUCUGAUCAAGAUGAGGAAACAGUGACCUGCAUAAGUCGAGCCCCUCUACAUCCAAUACCAAGCCCUUGGAAGUUUCAGCAUCCUUUUCAUGGGCGCUUAACAAGCAACAUGGCAUGCAAGCACUGUGAACAACAAAGUCCAGUGCGGUAUGACUCAUUUGAGAGCCUCUCCCUGUCCAUCCCUUUACCUCAGUGGGGUCGACCAAUCUCUCUAGAUCAGUGUCUUCAGCAUUUUAUCUCCUCAGAAACCAUCAAAGAAGUGGAGUGUGAAAACUGCACAAAGCUUCAGCAAGGGACCACAAUAAACGGGCAAGUUCCCGAAAACCAGAGGACAACAUUUGUUAAACAGCUAAAACUGGGAAAGCUCCCCCAGUGUCUCUGCAUCCACUUACAAAGACUGACAUGGUCCAGUGAAGGAACCCCUAUAAAAAGACAGGAGCAUGUGCAGUUCACAGAGUAUCUGUCAAUGGACCGCUACAAACACAACACCUCCACACAGAGGAGUCAGCGGAUCAGAUGUGCUCCAAAGCCCGUAAAGGUGGAAUAUUCAAAUGAUGCCAUGGAAAAGCCCACAGCCAAUGGCACAGAUGUAGAGCAUCACAACAACAACAAACCUUUUUCCAAUGGGACCUGUUCGUCUGUAUUUCUUCACUCUUCUGGUGUGAACUCCCAGCUCAGCUUCACAUAUGACUACAGCUCUACAGAGUACCUUUUCCAGCUUAUGGCGGUGUUGAUUCACCACGGUGACAUGCACUCGGGACAUUUCGUCACAUAUCGCCGCAGUCCUUCCUCAGCUCGCAGCUCCUCACCCUUCAGCUCCCAGUGGCUUUGGGUUUCAGACGAUUCUGUACGAAAAGCCAGUCUGCACGAGGUGCUGUCUUCCAAUGCUUACAUGCUCUUCUACGAGAGAGUCCAAAGGCUGAACCACAGUCUGUUUUUGAUGAGUAACCAGGAACUUGCAACCUCGCAGUCGGACUGACUUCUGCCUUUUCAGUCAUACUGUCACAGCUGUAUGUGCCAGUUACAAAGUGGUUAUCAACAGGUGGAUUAUGACUUUCUGACAAUGAGACCAGGAGGAAAGCCAUGUUGGAGGUAUUUUAGAGAUACUUUUGCAUUAUGGAUCACAGCAACAUGUUAAGGACACUUUGACAGCUGCUCUAAUCCACAAGAGGAGACUCUUAGUCCCAAAGAUUACAGACCUGCAGUUUUCAGACAAAUAUCUUUGAUCACAUACUAUUUUUCAAUGACACAUGUAACAAUUUGUUAUUUAUAUCUUAGCUUCUAUCUGACAAAAAAACAGGAAUACCUGACAUUAUAGUGAAUUUUAAGGUAAUAACCCUGCAGUACAUUGUUAAUAACUUUAAACUUAUACUGUUUUUGUUAAAGCUGUCAGAGGUGUUGACCUGGUUCUGUGGCAGUUUUUUGAUUCUGUUGCUAGUGUUACUUGAAUGCAGUGUACUUUAAGGUGUUCCUGUUAUUUUGUCCACUAACGGUACAUUUACAGACACAGAUGGAACGUAGCUGAUAAGGACUUCUCGGAGGUGUUACAUAUUAUGAAAAGUCACAUAGGUAGAAUUUUCCUUCUGGUUCUCUGUUGCCUAGUCAUUGCCAGCAGUCCAUGUAAACUGCACUGAAAACAAUAUUUCAAAUCAUUCUACUCAUAAGCUGUCGAAUUUGAGAUUUUUGUGUCUUUCCACUAAUCCUUAUACUGUCUUGAUUUGCAGAGCUGCACGGUUGAGGUUAAAGUGCCAUGUUGUCUUUAAUGCUCAAGUUUUUAACACAAUAAACCCUUUGUGCUACAACUAUUGUGAGCAUACAACAAGGACUUUUCCAGAAAAUAUGAUGCACCAGAUCCAUUUGGCAUGGUGUUGAUGUUUAACAGAUUACUAAUGAUUUGCUCCCAGUUAAUAAUACUAGAGGAUGACUGCAGGCUUUUGGGCAUGUUGUCCUGAGUAUUUUUAAUACUAUGUAACCGACAACUGCCAUUUUGCUCCUACUAAACCAAUUCAGUCCAAUUUAGAAAUGGCCUGGGGAAAAACCCCUGGCUAAUGUUUGCAAUUUGGAAAAAUGUGUAUUCACACAAGACUUUGUGUAUUUGUGCGCAAUCUGUAAGAUGAUUGUUUU